AUGACCAUCUGCAAACAGCAAGAACCCAUGACCAUCUGCAAACAGCAAGAACCCAUGAUCAUCUGCAGACUGCAAGAACCCAUGACCAUCUACAAACAGCAAGAACCCAUGAUCAUCUGCACACUACAAGAACCCAUGACCAUCUGCAAACAGCAAGAACCCAUGACCAUCUGCAAACAGCAAGAACCCAUGAUCAUCUGCAGACUGCAAGAACCCAUGAUCAUCUGCAGACUGCAAGAACCCAUAAUCAUCUGCAGACUGCAAGAACCCAUGAUCAUCUGCAGACUACAAGAACCCAUGAUCAUCUGCAAACAGCAAGAACCCAUGACCAUCUGCAGACUGCAAGAACCCAUAAUCAUCUGCAGACUGCAAGAACCCAUGAUCAUCUGCAGACUGCAAGAACCCAUGACCAUCUGCAGACUGCAAGAACCCAUGAUCAUCUGCAGACUGCAAGAACCCAUGACCAUCUGCAGACUGCAAGAACCCAUGACCAUCUGCAGACUGCAAGAACCCAUGAUCAUCUGCAGACUGCAAGAACCCAUGACCAUCUGCAGACUGCAAGAACCCAUGACCAUCUGCAAACAGCAAGAACCCAUGACCAUCUGCAGACUGCAAGACCCCAUGAUCAUCUGCAGACUGCAAGAACCCAUAAUCAUCUGCAGACUGCAAGAACCCAUGAUCAUCUGCAGACUGCAAGAACCCAUAAUCAUCUGCAGACUGCAAGAACCCAUGAUCAUCUGCAGACUACAAGAACCCAUGAUCAUCUGCAGACUGCAAGAACCCAUGACCAUCUGCAGACUGCAAGAACCCAUAAUCAUCUGCAGACUGCAAGAACCCAUGAUCAUCUGCAGACUACAAGAACCCAUGAUCAUCUGCAGACAGCAAGAACCCAUGAUCAUCUGUAGACUGCAAGAACCCAUGAUCAUCUGCAGACUGCAAGACCCCAUGACCAUCUGCAGACAGCAAGAACCCACGACCAUCUGCAGACAGCAAGAACCCAUGACCAUCUGCAGACUGCAAGAACCCAUGAUCAUCUGCAGACUGCAAGAACCCAUGAUCAUCUGCAGACUGCAAGAACCCAUGACCAUCUGCAGACAGCAAGAACCCAGCACUCCAGCCUGUUGGUGCCAGAUUGUUUGCUGA